AAAAACCAGGAAUUCCUUGGGAAUGUUUUCCUUGACUCCUGGAAUUCCUUGGGAAUGUUGUCCUUGACCCCUGGAAUUCAUGGAAUGUUGUCCUUGCAGAACUUUUGGGGCUAAAAACCGGGAAUUCCUUUGGAAUGUUGUCCUUAAAAACCAGGAAUUCAUUGGGAAUGUUGUCCUUGAUCCUGCGAAUUCCUUGGGAAUGUUGUCCUUGAACUGGGAAUUCCUUGGGAAUGUUGUCCUUGGACCUGGGAAUUCCUUGGGAAUGUUUUCCUUGACUCCUGGAAUUCCUUGGGAAUGUUGUCCUUAAAAACCAGGAAUUCCUUGGGAAUGUUGCCCCCUGGAAUUGAUGGAAUGUUUUCCCUGCAGAGCCUUCCCAGAGCCGCUCGGAGCCGAAGAUGCCGCUCGGAGCCUUCGGCUGCUGAGGGAGCGACAGCGGGAAGGGCAACUGGGAAUUCAGAUUCGGGAUCUGGAGGCAUCUGUGCCCGGAGCCACGGCCGAUAGAUGGACAAGCCAAGCAACUUCUGACUCCGCAGCAUUUUCCGGGGCAAAAUUCCAUGGCAAUGUAUCCUACAAGGGUGUCCGGUGAGGAAUGCAAUGGGAUCAACAGCAUGGCGGCGGAGAGCGGCCCCGGCACGAGGCUGCGGAACCUGCCGGUGAUGGGGGACGGGCUGGAGAGCUCGCAGAUGUCCACGACGCCGACCCAGGCCCAGCCCCAGCAGGGCAUCGGCAUCGGCGUCAACCCCCCGCCGCCGGAGACCUCCAACCCCAACAAGCCCAAGCGCCAAACGAACCAGCUGCAGUACCUGCUCAAGGUGGUGCUUAAGACGCUGUGGAAGCACCAGUUCGCGUGGCCCUUCCAGCAGCCCGUGGACGCCGUCAAGCUCAACCUCCCCGUGUGGCGUGGUGUGGCGUGGUACUGGUGUGGCGUGGUACAGGUGUGUCAUGGCAUGGGUGUGUCGUGGUAUGGGUGUGUCGUGGCCCGGGUGUGUAGUGGUAUGUCGUGGUAUGGGUGUGUUGUGGUGCGGGUGUGGCGUGGCACGGGUGUGUCAUGGCACGGCUGUGUCCUCCCAGUGCUGAGGUCACGGAACCCGGCCUGCGUGGUUGGGGUUGAUCCAACGGUGGGAGUCGGUGGUCUAAUGGUUGGACUCUGA